AUGGCCCAGUCCAUCACAGGCUCUCCAACUCUCCCCGCCCCGGGGGCUCAGGCCCCGCUCCCCGAGUUAUCCCGGUCCCCGCCCCCCGAGUUAUCCCCGACCCCGCCCCGAGGCUCAGGCCCCGCUCCCCGAGUUAUCCCCGACCCCGCCCCGAGGCUCAGGCCCCGCUCCCCGAGUUAUCCCCGACCCCGCCCCGAGGCUCAGGCCCCGCUCCCCGAGUUAUCCCCGACCCCGCCCCGAGGCUCAGGCCCCGCUCCCCGAGUUAUCCCCGACCCCGCCCCGAGGCUCAGGCCCCGCUGCCCGAGUUAUCCCGGUCCCCGCCCCGGGGGCUCAGGCCCCGCUCCCCGAGUUAUCCCCGCCCCGGGGCCACAGCGGUCUGCGCCGGCUUCAGGAAGCGGAAGGGCUGCGGGGAGGCGGGGCGCAGCGGUGCCGACGCCCAGCCGGCGGCUCCACGCGGUGCCAGGCAUGGAGGGCGGAGAGACGGCGGAGCUAGGAGGACCGAUGCUGAACCUGUUGGGAGGACCGACACCGGGUGCCGGAGGUCCGCCGACGGUAGGCCGGAACCUGAGCGCUGGAGGAUCAGCUGGGAUCCUGGGAGGACCGGCCCCGAGUCCAAGCGCGGAGCCCGGCUCCAGGCCAGCGGGACGGUGCGCCAGCCCGGAGCCGUGCACACGGCUCGAUGGCGCGGCCGUGCCCGUGCGGCUGGAAGGGGCAGCGGCGCGCGCGCUCCCGGGGCCGAGCACGAGCUUAGAGGAUGCAGAAAUGACCGCGAGCGCGGAACCGGCGUCAGUGACCGCGGUGCAGCAGAUAACGGCCGUGAAAAGCAAGCUCUCCCUGUCGCGGUGUGAAACGUGUGGGGCUGUGGAAGCAAAAUACAAGUGCCCUCGAUGCACGACCUUCUCCUGCAGUUUACUCUGUGUGAAGAAGCACAAGGCAGAGAGCGGAUGCAGUGGUGUUCGAGAUAAAACAGCAUUCCGGUCCAUCACUGAUUUCACAGAAAUGCAGCUCCUCAGCGAUUACAGGUUUCUGGAAGACGUCGGGAGACUGGCGGACAGCACACAUCGAGACACCUUCGUUAACCGACCAACAUCCACUAGAGCCCUGAACUUCAUGAAGAACCGUGCUCGAAAGUGCGGCGUCAACCUGAGGCUUUUACCCAUUGGCUUCACCAAACGAAGGGAGAAUUCAACGUUUUACCACAAGAAGGACCAGAUGUUCUAUUGGCACGUGAAGCUAGUCUUCCCUCAGAGCUGUGCUACCUACACGGAGAAGAGGGUGGCUGAUAACAAAACAUUGGAAGAGCUUCUGAGCAAGUUCAUUGACCCAUUGGAAUCUGACCCAGUCAUUCGACAGAAGUUGAAAGUUUACGUCCUGGCAACUCUUGACCAAGUGCGCGUCUUUCUGAAGGUGGAGGGCCGGAAGAACAGCUCCGUCAGGUAUCACAGGCUGGAGUCAAGUCAAACACUUGCAGAGAACUUGAGACAGAAGACGGUCAUUGAAUACCCCACACUAUAUGUGGUGUUGAAGGCGAAUUCUUCCGACUACCGGUUACUUGGUGACAGUAACUCGGAUGAAGGUUCUCAGAACAACACGGACUCCUCGUCAGAGGAUGAAAUGGAAGAGGGGGAAGUCAGAUAGGUUCCUGAGUAAAUCUGUACUGGGCCCAGCGCUCUAGCAUUCUUUCUCAAUGCAGAGUUGGGUGGGACCAGCUCCAGUUCUUUGUCUACUGGGACUUUGUUCAUGCCACAUUUGGAAGCAUUAUGUUUUGUAAACGAUCAGAAUAAAUUUGCUGAAGAACCUCAUCACCCUAUUGAAUCACUGUCCAACUUGUCGAGAAUACGGACAGGAAUAUUUCACUGUGGCUGUAGAGCUGAUAAAACAGGUGGGUUGGAUCUGUGA